AAAACGCGAUUUGUAAGCCUCUCAGAUCAAAUCUCAUCCCCUCAAAGAGAGAGCCAACCCAGAGAGCGAUAUUGAAAACCACUCUCUCCUUUAUAUAAAUCCCAUUUUACAAAUCUCUUUCCCUCUCUAAAUCUCUUUUCUUUGUAUAAAAAGCUAAAUCCUUCUCAUACAAAUCUUUCUCCGGGCAAUUUCUCUUCCAAUCGUCUGGGCUCAAACGAAACCCUAGAUUUGAGAAUCCGGAUUGCAAACUAGCCAAAGAGAAUGGCUGAUCAAGGAAUGGAAGGAAGCCAGCCAGUUGACCUUAUCAAGCAUCCUUCAGGAAUUGUUCCAACUCUUCAAAAUAUUGUCUCAACAGUGAACUUAGACUGCAAGCUUGAUCUUAAAGCCAUUGCUCUGCAGGCUCGGAAUGCUGAAUAUAACCCCAAGCGUUUCGCUGCUGUGAUCAUGAGGAUAAGAGAGCCAAAGACUACAGCGUUGAUUUUUGCUUCUGGGAAAAUGGUGUGUACGGGAGCUAAGAGUGAACAUCUUUCAAAGCUUGCUGCGAGAAAGUACGCUCGGAUUGUUCAAAAGCUUGGCUUCCCUGCAAAAUUCAAGGAUUUCAAGAUUCAAAAUAUUGUAGGCUCCUGUGACGUAAAAUUCCCCAUUAGGCUUGAAGGUCUUGCAUACUCUCACAGUGCUUUUUCAAGUUACGAGCCUGAGCUAUUUCCAGGACUGAUAUAUAGGAUGAAACAACCAAAGAUUGUACUACUAAUUUUUGUGUCUGGAAAGAUUGUUAUAACUGGAGCCAAGAUGAGAGACGAGACUUACACAGCCUUUGAGAAUAUCUACCCUGUUCUUACAGAAUUCAGGAAAAUCCAGCAAUAAUAGUAUAGCCGAUAAAUCAAAA